UCGGCUUUCAAACCCCCUUCAAACCCUCCAUUCCCUUAACAUGAUCCCUCCGUCAGCCGCAGCCCGGGGGCACAGCCGGGGGGCUUUGCCCGGCGGAGAAUAAACCUAGGACAACGCCGAAGAACCCCUCUGUGCACUGCAAGAGGGGACUGCAAAUCCACCCUCACCGCCUUCCCCAGCCCGUGUAGGGCUGGGCCAUAACUCACCCUGCAACCAACGCUUUCGGGGCAACCAAGGAGCCAAGCCCAACCCAAGGAGGGUCAAACCCCUCCUUUGGAGCAUCCCUGUGGCCGGAGAGCAGCUCCCCGCGGGAGGGAUGAAGACGCUAUGGCCAAGUUGCUGGUAAAACUCCAGCGGUACUUUCGGCGGAAGCCCGUGCGGUUCUUCACGCUGCUGGCUCUCUAUUUGGCAGCCGGGAGCUUGGUUUUCCUGCAUUCAGGCUUUGCCGGGGAGUCCACGGUGACCGGGAACCAGCGCGGCACCGGGACCGGCGAGGGGCCGGGGCUGCCCUACCUGGGGGUGAUGCAGCUCAGCCGCGGCUUCAAGGCGGCGGUGACGGUGCCGGAGCGGGGCCGGAGGCACGGACCCUGGUUCAAAAGCACCUCCAAGGAGCCCGUGGAGAGGAGCAAAGGUGGAGACUACGGCAGCGCCCGGAGCCGAGCGAUCAGGAGCAGGAGCGGCCGUGAGAAGGAGGAGGACAGAGCAAGAUACAUCGGCUGCUAUGUGGACAACACUCGCCGGCGAACGCUGCGCGGCAUGUCCUUCUUUGACUACAAGAAGAUGACAGUCUUCCGUUGCCAGGACAACUGUGCCGAGCGGGGAUACCUCUAUGCAGGGCUGGAAUUCGGUGCCGAGUGCUACUGCGGGCACAAGAUCCAGGCAUCCAACACCAGCGAGUCUGAGUGCAACAUGGAAUGCAAGGGGGAGAGGAGCAACACGUGCGGUGGGGUCAAUCGCCUCUCCAUCUAUCGCCUGGAGCUGGCCCAGGAGUCCGCCCGGAGAUACGGCAGUGCGAUAUUUCGGGGGUGCUUCCGCCAGCCAGACAACGUCUCCAUCGCCCUGCCCGUCAGCCAGCUCAUGCUGAACAUGUCAGUGGACAAGUGCGUGGACUUCUGCACUGAGAAGGAGUACCCGCUGUCAGCACUGGCCGGGACCUUGUGCCGCUGCGGCUUCCCCACCACGCUCUUCACGCUGCACGAGCGCGAGGACGAGCAGCUCUGCGCCCAGAGAUGCGCCGGCGAGGAGUUCGAGAGCUGCGGCACCUCCGAGUACCUCCUCGUGUACCAGACCCAAGUGCAAGACAACCGCUGCAUGGACAGGAGGUUUCUCCCGACCCGUGCCAAGCAGUUGGUGGCCCUGGCCAGCUUCCCUGGCGCCGGCAACACUUGGGCACGGCACCUCAUCGAGCUGGCCACCGGCUUCUACACGGGCAGCUACUACUUCGAUGGGUCUCUCUACAACAAAGGGUUCAAGGGCGAGAGGGACCACUGGCGAAGCGGGAGGACGAUCUGCAUCAAAACCCAUGAGAGUGGCCAGAAGGAGAUCGAAUCCUUCGACUCGGCCAUCCUGCUCAUCCGAAACCCCUACAAGGCGCUCAUGGCUGAGUUCAACCGCAAAUACGGGGGGCACAUCGGCUUCGCUGCCCAUGCCCACUGGAAGGGCAAAGAGUGGCCGGAGUUCGUGGCGAAUUACGCACCGUGGUGGGCGACCCACACCCUGGACUGGCUGCGCUACGGCAAGAAGGUGCUGGUGGUGCACUUUGAGGACCUGAAACGGGACCUGUUCGUGCAGCUGCAGCGGAUGGUGGGGCUCCUGGGCAUCGCUGCCUGCGAGGACCGGCUGCUCUGCGUCGAGGGCCAGAAGGAUGGCAACUUCAAGCGCUCCGGUUUGAGGAAGCUGGAGUACGACCCUUACACCCCCGAGAUGAGGAAGGUGAUCAGUGGCUACAUCCGGACGGUGGACACGGCUCUGAAGCUCCGCAAUCUCUCGGGGGUCCCUGAGGAUUACUAUCCGAGAUGAUGCUGACCGCGGCGGGGGGACCCGACCCUGCGCGGCAAGGAAAGGCUCGGUCUUCCCGGCCUCUGCCUGUUCCACCCAGUGGGUGGCUUCUCUUUUAAUGCUCCAUUUGCUGCUGUUAGCUGUCGAUCAACUCCCUGCAUGAGCGACGAAUGGUCCCAAACCAUCGCUGAGCUUGCUUGGGCGACGCCGAUGUGGACCCAAGGGGAUGCGGGUGCUUUCCUUGCUGCGGCAUUCCCGCUCCUGCUGCAGCCCUCCUUGGCAAUGCAAAGGGUGCUUUGUCCCCUCGGGCUGGCUGGGGGGGAUGCUGCAUUGCUCGGGCAGUGCCUGAUGCAUCCUAUGGCAGUGGGCAUCCCCAAACUCCCCUCGCUCAUUGGCCAGCCCUGGAAGGAUGCAGCUCAUCCCUGCAUGGAUCCCAUUGGAAGGAGAGACCAGGGGGUCGGUACCAUGUGGGUGAUGCUCCGUGGAUCUGGUCAGAGGUUAUGGGAAUGGGGAAGGCUGUGCUGGGGAGGUGGCUGUGUCCUACCUGCACAGUCCCUUGGCUCCAUGGGCACCCUGGGGAUGGGGAAUCCCUGGGAUGAAGCUGGUGUUCCAGACAGUGCUGCUGCUCCAGCCCCAGUGUCCAGAGGGGGGCCGUGACCCCCCACCUGUGGGGUGGCAGCCACCCCUAUGCAUGUGGGUGUUGCUCAAGAGGGAGAUGUUGGCCCUGGACAGAAGAGCUUAUGGGACCCACAAGUCCUCACUUCAGAAGCUCACAAGCCAGGAGCAGUUUUGGGGGCUCCAAGUGGGGUCCGUGCUGCAGCUCAGCUGCUUCAAACCCUGCACAUCCUGGGGCUGGGCUUUUAGGUGUCCCUCCGGCCAAACCCCAUCCCAAAACGGGUCCCUGCUGCCAAGCAGGAGAAACCAAAGGAUCCCCGUGGGCAUCGGGAAGAUGCCCCAUGCCAGGCUGGCUUUGUGCAGUGCUGCAUGUGGUCCCCAGCCAUGUCCCCUCCCUGUGCCACCUUCCCAGCCCAUCCCUGCCCUGGCUUCGCCCCCACCUCCUUCCAGCCUGCAAGUCCCCUUUGGAUGUAGGUGCAAAAGCCAUAUAUUGUACGCAGCCUUUUCUAGAGUUAGGUAUUGAACGACUGGCUUUUAACUCUUGAUCUCGAUAGAAACCCAUGCGCAGGCCGAAAGCCCAGAGCCACCCCCAGUCCUUAUUCCCAGAGAGAAGAAAACUCCAGGAGGAAAAAAGGAGGAUUUAAAUCAGCUCUAUUUUUCUACUGCACGAGUGGGGCAGCGAGGGCAGGGCCGGGGCGCUCCCGUCCCCAUCCCUUGGCGUGGAGGUGGGAGAAUGGGUUUGUAGGGAGCAUCUGCCCUGUUUUGAACUCUUCCCUUGACAAACGGCUGGAGGUUUUCCAGGAGAGGCAGGGAGCCCCAUCCCGGCAGUGGGAACCGAGCCUCCCUCGCUCAGAACAAACCCUCAGGUCAAUCCAGCUAUUAAAGGAGAGUUCUUGUUGCUA